AAAAAAAAUUCAACGAGAUAAAGAAGUUUCAGCGUUCAGAAGAAAAAGAAACGAUCAUGUCUUCCUCCUUCUCUACACAAUCAGAACCAGCAAGUUGCUAUUAUGGAUUAUCUGCACAAUAUCAAGAGCAAUAUGAAUAUCUUCGAAGCAUGAAUUACAAUCUAGAGGUGCAGCGCCCCAAGCUCAUGCCCACCGAUUGGUUAAAUUUUCAUAUCGAUGUUCUCUCGCAUUCAGUUGAUUCUAACUCAGUUACAUGUCUUAACACCUUACUCAACAAUUAUCAAGAAGUUAGCAGCAAAAGGUUCUUUCGAGAGGGUAAAGAUUGGUUUCGGUCUAUCUUGUUCCACCAAGACUUUCCCUCUGAUUCACUCGAGCAACUAGCACUGAAGCUCGUGUCAGAAGUUCAUGAAUUGUUCAAUUUCGAUGAGAGAUUAUUUGGUUCUGAUCUUGCUAUUGGAGUUGGACCUUCCGAUGCUCGUCGGUUCACUUUGCAUCUUAGAAUUGUCGUGGAAAUCUAAUUAGUUAGAUAUUAGAUAUAUAGUAGCCAUAUUUUCGCAAAUUAAAAGCUAUUAUGUUCCUUGUUUUGAUCACACUGUUGAAUGCAUAAAAGCUACUAUUUUCCUUGUUUUGAUCAAA